AUGGCGUCAUUCACUGUGCGAGACGAUGACCCGAGGCUGGUGGAGCUGGAGUUCCGCCAGGACUUCACGCCCGACGAGCUGGUGCAGUACCGGCAGACCUUCGUCAAGUACGACGAAAACAAGAGCGGCGCCCUCGAGACCUUUGAGCUCAACGUCAUGUUCGAGGAGUGGGGCCAGCCCAAGACCGCGCUCCAGCUGCGCCAGCUCAUCGCCGAAGCCAACACCAGCAACACCGGCGCCAUCAACUACCGCGAAUUCCUCAACGUCAUCCUCAAGGACAAGAAGGGCACCUCCAAGGGUCCCUGGACUGGCUUCGCCUCUGCUGUCGGCAAGGUGCAUGAUGACAAGAAGGCGGUGGGCAAGAAGGCCAACUUCUUCGAGCAGGAGAUCGCCAAGCAGGCGGGCGACCCGCUUGAGGAGGAGAAGCGACGGAUCGCUCAGGAGGAGAAGCGCAAGGCCGAAGAGGAGCGCAAACGCAAGGAGCGCGUGGCUGCUGGCCUCGCCAAGCUCAAGGCCAACAUCAACGGUUGA